GCACCGUGGCAUUAUGGGAGAGAGAUGAUUGAUACGGCGGCCAUUUUGGCUCCGUGCUUCCAUUGUGUGAUAGUAAAUAUCUGCUACAACCACAACACUUGUAUCCUUGUGGAGGGAAAAAUAGAAAUACAACGUUAAUUUCACCUAGGGUGAUUUUGCGUCGUCAUGGCCCGUACCAAGCAGACCGCUCGUAAAUCCACUGGAGGAAAGGCUCCUCGUAAGCAGCUGGCCACCAAAGCGGCCCGGAAAAGCGCCCCCUCCACCGGUGGUGUCAAGAAGCCUCAUCGCUACAGGCCCGGUACUGUAGCUUUGAGAGAAAUCCGUCGGUACCAGAAGUCCACUGAGCUGCUGAUCCGUAAGCUGCCGUUCCAGCGCCUGGUGAGAGAGAUCGCUCAGGACUUCAAGACUGACCUGCGUUUCCAGAGUGCAGCCAUUGGAGCUCUACAGGAGGCCAGCGAGGCGUACCUGGUGGGUCUGUUUGAGGACACAAACCUGUGCGCCAUCCACGCCAAGCGUGUCACCAUCAUGCCCAAAGACAUCCAGCUGGCGCGUCGUAUCCGCGGGGAGCGCGCUUAAAACGGCCUCCCUAAUGUUUUGGCUCUGUCUGGUUUUUCUUUGCCUUUUUCCGGCCCUUACUCCUCCCUUUUGACCCGCCCCACUCCCACUCCGCCCAGCUUCUCUGUCGACUUUAGAGUAAUCGUCAUGAUGAAGAGAUAGAAACAUGUUGAAGUCUGGUCUCUUAGGUUACUUUUUGUUGUCUUCACCAAAUGUUUAUCGGGUACCUCUUUCCAUGCAUGUAAAAGGCUUGGCAGAUCAGAUACACACACACACACUCAAAUGCGAAUGGUUGCACAGGGUUUGGGUGGCAACAGAGCUGAAGCAGAGCGCGGAGGCCGCGGGACUAGUCUGCUUAAGGGGAGCUGCAACUUCCACAGCAGGGUGCUAUUAAAACUAGUCCCGAGUCCUCUUUCUCCUCCCCUCCUGCUCACCCCGUGACCACCGUACCCCUGCGGUCAUAACGGCUCACUCACCUUCUCCAGCCUCCUGCUUCACCUCUGGCACUGGGACAGGACGGCGGUCUGUGUGUGUGGAUCUGAGCUCUGAUGUUCCAAACCUCUACAAUCUUUCAGUUUCUUGAGGAUAUUGUUUAUGCUUGUGGAUAUGGUGAUUUAUUUUUUUUUUGGACACAUAUAAUUCAUAAGUGAGAAUUUCUUAUUUUUUCCCACUUCUAAAGUAACAAAAACCAACUAACAGGUAUUGUUAACAUAGUAAACUUUUUUUUUUUACUGAUUGAUUUAGAAAAUCAGGAAGGGCUUCUGAUCCCAGGACAACGUUUAUUCUAAUGGCAGCCACACGGGGGCGAUCAUUUACCAUCACCUCCAGUUCAUUUGCUCUCAGUCGUCACAUGUACUUUUUUGUUCCAACGGUAUGUUGACAUUAUAGCAGAAUUUCUACGCUGCAUGUUUAGCCUCUGUGUGUGUUCUCUGUAGAUCUGAGCGUAUAAUCUAUCCCCUCUCAAAUUUUGUGAUACACAAUAUAACCUCAUAUUUGUUUUCUUUUAUAUUUUUCUUAUUCCUUGAGAUUUUCAGACGUAUAAAUAUGCUGAUCUUUGUAUUUUCCAAAUUUCCCAUAUUCUGGUGGUAAUAAAUAGGUGUUAAAACAAA